AUGGCUAUUUUGCUGGACAGAAUCCGUGACUUCUCUCUCAGGUUCAACAUUUCACCUGGAGCUCCUAAUCCGAGGAUCCUGAACCAAUCUCUAUGGGACUGGGAACCAGAGUCGUGGUGCUCCGAGGGCUCUCCGUCUGAGGGCAGCUCCCCGGGGCCAGCCAUCUCCCUAGUGCUGCCCAUCAUCUACGCCCUCAUCUGUGGCUGCGGUGCCCUGGCCAAUGGGCUGGUGAUCUCCGUGGUGUUGGGCUGCAAGCAGAAGAUCGUAUCAGACAUCUACAUUCUGAACCUGGCCAUCGCCGACUUGCUGUUCCUGCUCGGGAUGCCAUUUGUCAUCCAUCAACUCCUCCAGGAGCAAGGAUGGGUUUUCGGGGCAUUUCUAUGCUGGGCUGCGACCACCAUCGACCUCAGCAACCAGUUCAGCAGUGUGGCCAUUGUUACCCUGCUCUGCAUAGACAGAUAUGUGGCAGUGGUGUUCUCCUCCACCAUUGGUCAGAAACGGACUUUGCGCUGCACAGCUCUGAUCAAUGCUGGUGUAUGGGCUGGAAGCUUAGUUCUGUCUACGCCUGCUAUGCUCUAUGCCCGGGUGCACUGGGACAACAAGACCGAGAUCUGCCUCAUUGACUUACCAGGUCCCCAUAGCAUGUACUGGUACACCCUCUACCAAUCGUUAGUGGCCUUCCUCCUGCCUUUGCUGGUCAUGACCGUGUUGUAUUCCUUGACUUUGCACCACCUCUUCCGCGCCAUGCGCCGCGUGAAUCGGAAGGCAUCUGCCCGCAGCCGGAAGGUGACCCGCAUGGCGCUCACAAUCAUUGCAGCCUUUUUUGUCUGCUGGACUCCCUACCAUGUGCUACAGUUGGUCAACCUCACGGCUACCCCUUCGGCUAUGUUCUUCUACCUGUACCAGGCCGCUAUUUGCCUCAGCUAUGCCCAUAGCUGCGUCAGCCCCAUCCUUGUUAUUUUCUGCACUGAAUUCUUUCGUGACAGGAUGGCCCAAUCCAGGUGUUGCAGAUUUCUCACCAGGUGGAAGGCUAUACGGGAAAGUCCUUGGUUUUCUAUCCCAGAAAUCACGACGACGAUGUACAGCCCGCAAGUGAGCCAUACCAUGUCUCCAUCCUGCAGCAGUCAACCAUGUGGGAUAGAAAUGCCUUUGUGUUCCGUGAGCGAGACCACCAGUGUCAGCGUGGCUGUCAAUGGGCUUGAGGAACUCAGUGGGGUUUAA